GUUGGUACUCCCCCGUGGGUGGAGGAGACAAGAGACGGGUGACGUCAUACAGGAGAAGGGAUAAAGUGCUGUUUCUGCAGCUGUGGGAUGAGAAAAAACUUCUUAGGCGUAUAAAGGAUCUGCUGCCCUGUCCAGCAAAGACACUGCUGACAGGAUCUUUAUUCCUACAGCUCAGCCUUCAGCUCCCUUUACCAAGCUAGGGAAAAAAGAAAAAUAAUCCAGUAAUAAUAGCUGUCAGAAAAUUGGUGUACAAUGCCACAGAACGUCGUUCUCCCAGGACCUGCUCCUUGGGGAUUCAGGCUGACAGGAGGGAUAGAUUUUAACCAGCCUUUGAUCAUAACCAGGAUUACUCCAGGAAGCAAGGCUUCAGAAGCCAAUUUAAGUCCUGGUGAUGUCAUUCUAGCUAUUGAUGGCUAUGGUACAGAGAACAUGACUCAUAAUGAUGCACAAGAGAGAAUUAAAGCAGCAUCACAUCAACUUUGUCUCAAAAUUGAGAGGGCAGAAAGUAGAUUAUGGUCUCCACAAGUUUCAGAAGAUGGCAAAGCUCAUCCCUUUAAAAUAAAUUUGGAAGCUGAUCCACAGGAAUUCAAGCCUAUUGGUACAGCUCAUAACAGAAGGGCCCAGCCUUUUGUUGCAGCAGGAAACAUUGAUGACAAAAGACAGGUAGUGAGUUCCUCCUAUAAUUCUCCAAUUGGGCUGUAUUCAUCUGGCAAUAUUCAAGACGCUCUUCAGGGACAACUGAGGGGUCUAAUUCCUAGUUCACCUCAAAAUGGAGGCAGUACUCCUUCCGGUAUUGAUGGUGGCAGUGGACGUAGUACCCCCUCUUCUGUUAGCACUAUCUGCCCUACUGACUUGAAAGCUGCAGCUAAGAUGGCCCCUAACAUUCCCUUGGAAAUGGAACUUCCUGGUGUCAAGAUUGUACAUGCUCAGUUUAAUACACCUCUGCAGAUGUACUCAGAUGACAAUAUAAUGGAAACACUGCAGGGCCAAGUUUCUACAGCUCUGGGGGAAAAUCCCUCAAUGAGUGAACCAGUACCAACCUCUGUACCUCAAUCUGAUGUGUACAGGAUGCUGCAUGACAAUCCGGAAGGGCCCAGUCAACCACGUCAAUCUGGCUCAUUUAAGGUGCUCCAGGAUUUAGUCUCCGAGGAUUCUGAUGGACGUCCCGUUGGUACCAGAAGCGUGAGAGCACCAGAAACAAAGAUGCCUUCUGGUGCAGGAAGUGUACAAAAAGUGCCAUUGUGUGACAAAUGUGGAAAUGGCAUUGUUGGUACAGUGGUGAAGGCACGUGACAAGUACCGGCACCCAGAAUGCUUUGUGUGCUCUGACUGCAAUACCAACCUAAAACAAAAGGGUUACUUCUUUGUGGAGGGACAAUUAUACUGUGAAACUCAUGCGCGAGCCCGCAUGAGGCCACCAGAGGGAUAUGAAGCAGUUACCGUUUAUCCAAAGUGCUAGUCCUAUGCUAACGGACACACAUGCAUGCACACAAAAAGACAUUAAUAGCUUAGAACCACAAUACAACUGACUGAAUUUACUGCCUUAAUCCAAAGUAGCAGAUUUUAAACAUUUUCUUUUGGAGGUGGGAGUGAUGCAGAAGUCUCAUUAGCCAGCAAUAGCGUAUAUACCAGUAACAUUUUGCAAAGUAAUUAUAUUUGAAGCUGCCAGUGUAAUUUAAUGGAGUAUAAGGCAGCAACUUCUAUAACUCAAUCCCUCAAAGGGUCAGUCCACUAAAAAACGCAGGAAUUUUACACCUAUAUUAUCAAACUGCAGUUAUCAAUGUCUGCUUCAGCCAUAAAAUCAUUCAACUAUCAUUACCCUAUGCCACAAAAACAAGCUUUGCUUUCCUUACUUUGAUAUUUGAGAGUCUAUUUAUUUACACUUCCUGGUGCAACAAAUGUAAUAAAAGACUGAUAUUAAUUUUAUAUAAUAGAACAGCAAGCAUAGUGAAGCUUGCUUAUAGUAGAGUAGAAUGCAUGUCCCAUAUUAUUUCAGUGAACUACAAAGUGCAAACUACGAGUGUGUGUUUUCAUUUACUUUCCAAGAAAUUCUGAUGGAGACAUGCAAAUGCGAACACACACACACAUACAAAUAGCAAAAAUGGGCAGAUAUGGUCAUAAUGAAGUUAGAUUUGGUAAAUUUAAAAAACUUCAGCAUCAUUUAUAAUUACUGAGAAUUAAAAUAUGCCAAGGAAAGAUCCUGCAUUAAAUACUUGGUGAACGCCAAAGAAAAUGCUUACAGCUGAGCAUUUUCUGAAAACCACUAAGGACCAAAUUUUCAAUCAGGAGUAUGUCUAAAUAUGUAUGCACUUUUACUCAGGCCUGACUUAGUCUUGCCUAUCUUCCAAUGUUGUGUGCAUUUAUAGGUAUGUGUAGAUACACAACUCUGCACAUGUGCAUCUGAAGAACUAUGUGCCUCCAAUAGGUAUGUGUACAAGUCCAUGUACACUUAGGUGCGCACCUAUAUGAAAAAUUGAGCCUUAGUGUUACAGUAAGUAUCAAAACUAUAGUAAAUUGCUUAUGACUGUAUUUAAAUACAAUUUAUGCUAUAAAAAAAUUAAACUUUCACAUCAAGCAUACAAAUCUAGCAGAGACAUGAAAAACUGAGUACAGAAAGCCCCUAAAUAUUUUCCCAAUUCUAUCAUAAGAUCUUAAAUCAUGCAGAACACUGAAUCAAAAUAACAUAGUGUGUAUAUUUUAAACACAUACUAAAAACCUCAUUAAAGUUGCACCUUGAAAUCUGAAACCUAACGUCUGUGUAUUUCAACAAUUCUCAAGGUUCCUUAAUGUACUAUUUCAAAAUUUAAAUGUUUAUAAAAUUUGUGCAUGUCACCACAUAUUAAAUAUAACAAGAGUGUGCAUAUACAAACAAUACACAAUAUGACUUUUUAGAUAAAGAUGGCUCCUUAAUUAAUUUUAAACCCUCCAAAAUAGUGCUUCCAAAGCACCAGGAAGACUAUAUGUAUUAUUACAUAUUUCCAUUAAUGAAAUUCUGUAAAGUAAAUGUAAAUUUUCUUUUGAAAGUAGGAACGCAAGGAAUACGUACAAUUCUGAGAAGCUUAAGUGUAAUCUAUGUUUUAAAAUCAUAGUUUGUAAUGUUCAUUUCUUUAUUAAUAAAAAUUGA